AUGGCUGGCACGGACGAUUCAAACCGUGCUUCAAAGCCUGAAGAGAAAGAUACUCCGGUGGAGGCUGACGCGGAUAGCGAUGAAGAGGAAUUCCACGAUGCGCGGUUCCCCGCAGACGAAGAAGCUAGCCUCUUGAAGGAAGCCCAAGAUAUAAAGGCAGAGGCCAAUCAGCUGUUCAGCGCAGGAUGCUACGAUCAGGCCAUUUCAUGCUACGACCGAGCCCUCGCCUCGUGUCCAAACUACCUCGACUACGACAUCGCUGUAAUCCGAAGCAACAUUGCCGCCACAUACUUGAAGCUAGAGGAUUGGAAAUCAGCAACUGAUUCAGCAACAAUGGCAAUUGAGCGCCUGGACAAGGUCAUUCCGCCAGCUGCCGAGAAGAAGGACCAGAGCGAUUCGAAAGCAGCCGAUACACAAGCCAACGAUGCCGUCAUCGAACUCUCGGGGGAUGGUGAUGAGGCAGAGGAGAAAGAGCUCCAGCGGCUGAAGGACCAGGACGAGCAACGCACAAACGUUCUACGGAUUCGAGCCAAGGCUCUUAUGCGACGGGCCAAGGCCAAAUCAGAAACCGGCGGCUGGGCCAGCUUACAGGGUGCUGCGGAGGACUACCAGGCUCUCGCUGCCAUGGAGAAUCUCCCAGCAGGUGAUCGACGGAUUGUUCAGCGGGCUCUUCUGGAACUUCCGGAUCGGAUCAAGGAAGCCCGUGAAAAGGAGAUGGGGGAGAUGAUGUCGAAAUUGAAGGGCCUGGGCAAUGGUAUCUUGAAACCAUUCGGUUUAUCGACAGACAACUUCAAUUUCGUCCAAGAUCCCAAUACUGGAGGCUAUUCGAUGAACUUCCAGUCUUGA